ACCAACGUCAGGAGUUGGCGUAAUAUAUUCAGGUCAUUCGCGAUAGAGAAUCUACCCCCUUCUUUCUGAUUCCCCUCAUCCCUUCCUCUAGUAGCUAGCUGGGGCCAGCUUACAAGCGGCAAUCGUCCAGCGUCAGAUUGGUACUGUAACAGCAAAGGAAAAGGAACCAUACGAGGUGCGCGCGCCAUGUUCUUAGGUCUGCACGUUUAGCGACGAUUUAUAUUUCAGGAAAAUAAGCGCGUGUACCAGAGUAGGUGUUUAUUCUGUACUCGCAACCGUCGGACACUUGUUUGACGCUCAACCUACAGUCAGGCAUUGAUGGCAUGGGUUUAGAAGUCCAGUCCGUCCAAUCCUUCUCUCUGGAUAAGAAGAUAGCACAGACACUCAGUGUAGAUGUAGACGCCAUGUUGUGUGAGUCUCAAGCUCGAGGUAUUAAACGCAAAUUUGAUGAAGAUAAAGACUGUGAAACACGUUCUUCGCUUUACUUCAAUCAGCGUCAGGCGGUGUUCAACAUCAGUUUGUGUAAACGGAACAGACUUAGACAGACAUUAAGUCUAAGACGAUCCGUUCUCAUCUGUAAUACUCUGCGAAAAAUUCAAAAAGAGUUUGAACAAGAAGGAGUAAAGAUUAAUUGUGCCCCUAACGGGCACUUUUUUCUUUCACCACUGAACCCGCAAGUCAUGACCCUUGACCCACCACCUCUCACAAGCCAAAAUGCGUUAGAAGGAUGCCCACAGGAACUUCUAGGGAGUAAUUAUAACCAUGAGGUGGAAAAAAAGCUUACCCAAAGAUGCCUUUCCAUCACUGCGCCGCCACAGACAGAUUUAGUUGAUAAUUACUCUAUGAGAUCUACUGUGUUAAGUGCGUACCAAUACAAACCACCAUCUCAAGCAAAAGAGCAGCUCAGUAAUAAGCCGCAGGCUAGUUCCUUAUUGAACACCUACUUGCCCAAGACGUGCACAACGACGACGGGAGAAGUAAUACUGAGGCAAAAUUGUAACGAGACUACAGACGAAUGUGACAGAUAUCUAACAGAGUUCGAUACUUCUUCUGGAAGAAUAACUCCUUUUGUAAAGACAGCAUGCGACUCUAGUGCCUUUUGGAAUGAUGACAGUGACAGACUGACCAGUUUGAAUUGGAGCUCAGUACUUAACUGUAGUUCCUCGUCAACCAAUGCUGCCAGUAGCCCUAUAGCAACAGAAGAAGAAUUUGAUGACAAUUGUAGAUUUAUGGACAGGGCUAACUGUGCAGUAGAGAAUGCAGGUUCACCAAGUAAAUCAUCAUCUGGUGUCUCCGAAACGUCGCUACACGUACUCCUUCCUGCCACAUGCAAUACAUCAGAACUGAGCAAUCUAUCAGCUAUGAACAAGCCUUACGCAGCUUCUUCCUCGAGUUGUAGCCCAAGCUCUGGGGCUACGUCUAACUGUAGUUCAGGGGAUGAAAUCUUUGGCGAUAUAGACAUGUCACUCUACGAUUUUGAUCUUUAUUCCCCCUUGUCUCCCCCUAACGUUAAAUUGGCCCCGGUAAGUGCCGAAGAGCUGAUGAAAUCUCUUACCGAAAACGGUCAGUCUUGUCCAGUGUCUAACUGUUUGAAAGAAAAAAUGAACGAAGAGGGAGACAACGCCACUUUAGCAGUGUCAUGACAUUUUGAAACUUGAAAUAUUCAUUUGCAUCAAAUAUUUUCAAUCAUGUUUUAAAAAUUAAGAGUUUCACACAUCGGGAACUUUAUUUCGAUUUCAAAGCUUAUUGGUAAAUCCAACUUAGAAGUUCCCUUGUCUAUCUGCACAGUCACGAUACUUUUGAUAAAAAGUGGUCUCACAACUUAGUGUUUUCGAUUUUGUUUAACUUAAAAUUUCAGAAUUCAAAGGACAGUUCUUGUUAUCAGAAAUUUAAAAGCAGUCAUAUACAUUUUUCAUGGUUUCACUUAAAAUAUUCAUAUAUGUUAGUCGUUUAAAAAAAGUAACCCCUAAAUACAGGUAAAUGAAUGGGACCAAAUCUGAAAUCCUCUUCCGCAUUUGACUAAAAGAUUUUUAUACUCUGGUUUCUAGGUCACAUGAUUGUAUAGCUCCUAAAAAUCACUUGUAGAAUGUAUUGUAUUUUUAAAAUCACUAUUUAAUUUAAGAAGUGUAAUCAAAUUCUGAAGAAACCAUACCCACUGAAACGAUACCGUUUUAAUUAUUGUAACGAAUAUUACUUCAACGAAGUUUGUUCAAACAAAAUUAUUUUACUUCAGUAGUCAAGAAAGAAUGAUUUUUACUCUGAAAUAACCCGAUUUCUUGUAGGAUAUUUUCGCAUAUAGCUUUAUGCAAACAAUGUUCUUUUAGUGUUUUGUAAAAUUAGCGGAAUGACGUGUGCAACUAAGAAGACUUGAUCAACCAGGCAGCCAAAAUACAGAUAGCUAACUUCAGCAAUGAUGUAGUUUCAUAUGAUGGUAAAAGGUAGCACUUUGAUCGUUCUAGUAACUACUUUUUUUUAAAUAAGAAGAGUGUUUCAUUUCAUUAACUUAUUCUUCAAAUUUAAUAUACUUAACAGUAACAAUUAUUCAAUCAUCUUUUAAGCUUAUUUGAUGUACAUGUCCAAUCAAAGACUGCGCUAAUGGCUACUGGAUUUCUUUUUAACAGUUUAAUUCUAUUUGAUGAAUGAAAAUAUAGUUAUUUGUUUGGAGAAACAGUUAAACAAGCAAACAGUUAUUUACCAAGUACUGUGUAGUUAAUAAGCCUCUCUGACUGUUUCCAGCGAAUCUGCUAUUGACAUUUUUAUGUAUAUAGAUAUGUAUGUAUCAUCUGUGAAAAAUUAGCAUAAUAUAUAUAUAUAUAUACUCAUUCAUUACAAUUUAUAAUAUAUAUAUAUAUAGGCCAUCAAGCAUCAUUACGUCACAGAAGUGAUUGCUUGUUCAAGUUUGGGUGAAAACAUCCUAGAGUACAUAUUAUGAUAAAAAGCUAGAACUAUUUUUCAAGAAUGUUCACUGCUAUUUUGCAUACCUUUAUACCAGACGCUUGAUUGUUCAAACCCAAAAAUGCCCUUUACGGUCGAUUGUCUGCUCAUAAGUAGGUGGCCUGUAGUUCAUAUUUCGGCCACACAUGUCUGUUAAAACGAAAAACUUGACUGCUAUUUGACCCAGUACGAAUCAAAGUAAAACAAAUUUAUAAAUGUUCUCGUGACGCUUUGAAUGAGAUAUAGCAAUAAGCUACUGUACUAUGUUGAACUGUACUAUAGUUCAAUACCUUUAUUACAGUAGAUAUAUUUAAAAUAGUGCAUUGCGUGUCAGAAAUAGACCAUUAGCAAAACAAGAAAGUGGGAUUAAAAACAGCAAGAUACGAAGAUACGUAUUCAUACAGUGAUGUGAAAGUUAAGAUUUUCAUUAAUAGGACGCAUAUAUUAUGUAGGAUUCCUUUGUGUAUAACGAGUACUUUAUUAUACGUUAUUGGCUGCUUUCAUCUUGACGUCAUUACCAUCAGCCAUUUUAUCUACAUUACUUUGCAAUUUUGUAUUUAGUUGAAUUGCAUAUUCACCAGAAACUUAUUGAUAUAUGAAAUGUAAUAUUGCUAAAUAAGGUUAAAGAAAAUUGAAAAAUUUCGUAAUAUCUUUCAAAAAACGAGAAAUUUCCAUAGAUGUGUAAAAAACGCAACCGAAAUUGAUUUGAUACGAGGAGCACCUAGUUGAAAGUUCCAGUUAUGAAAACAUGUUGUAACAAGGGUAAUUUAGGCCUUGGAGAAAUAGUAGAGGUUUGGUUUUAACGAACUGCCCCUGCCAGUUUCUAAAGUGAAAUAACGUUCCGGCUUCUAUACUUUAAGUCAACCUGAAGAAGGCCUCAGUAUAGGAACCGAAAUUCCGUUCCACUCUAGAAACAGGUGGGAGAAAUCCAUUAAAGCCAAGACUCUGAUAUAUAUACAUGUAACACAUGGACAAGAACAUUUGACGAGACAGGUGUGUGAAGUUAGAAUAUCGAGGUCUUAAGAAUGGCAUUAGAGUUGUAGGAAAAGUGUCAUCAACAACUUGCAUGUAAUUACGUUCUUGGUGACUCAGGGUUUGACUUCUACCUUUCAUAUCUAAUCAAUUUCAUUAGGACUGCAUAUAUGCAUAACGAUCUGGUGUCGCUCAGAUCUAUCCUGAUAGAACAAAGGAUUGUAAAUUAUCUGCUUCUACAAUACAACAUUGGUUUUGUUUUGUUUUCUACAGAAAUCGUAUGUAUAAAAACAUUUAGGUACGUUUUAUCAAUGAAGGUAUUAUUUUAUCGUAUUAAAUAGUAUAACGACAGAGGAUUUAAAGUCUAAACUCUAGACUAAACAUGGUUCUUAUAUAAUGAUCUAACCAUCGUUUUAGAAUGGGUUACUGAAUUCAAGGAACAAUUAUAAAAAACAUACCCUCGAUAGUGAGAGUUAAAGUCUGGAAAGCUAUUUACCUGCCUUACUUUACUAUAGGAAUACUGAUAAUUUAGGCAACCUAAACUGAUAACGACUUUAAGCGUGUAUUCGUUGUGCUGUAAGCGUGUUUCGUACUUGUAGAUAACAAUUUAAAAUUUCAUGAUAAAGUGCAUUUUCUGGAAAGCUUAAACGACUCACUUAUAUUUCAAUGUUAUGGAUUACUCCACUAAAUGACGUUAAAUGUUUAAAUGCACCCAUUUAAUUGCUGCACGUACAAAAUUAUACAUGGUAAGUAUUGUAAAAAGUCAGUCGAACAAGUUUUACCAUUAACUUGUGUAUUUGUUGAAAGUUAACAAAGAUUGUGUCUAAAUGAUAAGGGUCUGUUUUGUUAAAGACAAAAGUGUCAGAGUUCCUAUGUGCUUAAACUAUGGCACAAAGUAUUUUUACCAGUAAAAGUUAGUUUUACAAGCCAAUACUGGCCUCUAUGUAUAGCAUAUGCUUUGUUAUCAUUCGUCAUGUGUUUAUAAAUCUAUUCCUAUGUUUAUUAUUAUCAUGGCGUUUAAAGGUAUAUCGGCUCAAGUUAACGACCCGGUGAAGCAAUUGUAUGGAGUUUGUACUUUCGUACGAUUAAUUUGAUGUACAGUUUCUUCAUGCUAGCAAUGAAUGACAAUUUUAAAUGAUUGUUCGCUGCAUAAAAGUACACAGCUUAUAGCUCACUAAUCAUUCUGUGUUAUGUUAAGUAUUUCUUAUCAUCAAUAGAACAGCACUUAUUUUUUUUUCCUUUUGAGAACGAUGUCCUUAUUUAUAAAUAAUAACUUUAAACAUAUUAAUAAUUUAGAUUUUUUUUAUAUAUGUGCGAUUUCUUGUAUUCUGUUUCAAGGGCCAUUAUUGUUACUUUUCGAAUAAUUGUGUAUAACUUCGUGAUUCUCUUAACAAAGGCCAAAAGUGCAAUACCCGCUUCGUAAUUAUUACUUAUGUAUGAAAGCAUGCUAUUAGUUGGAACUUUACAGAAUCUUAAUGAAAGAAAAUUAGUUAUUCUGUGUAUUCUCUUAUGUGUGUUCUGUAGGAAUUGUUUGUAUUUUGUUCUUUUUUAAUUAUUUUCCUUUUUGUGUGUGUGUUUGUUAAAGAUGGCAUAAAGUACAGAAAAUGCUAGCUUUAAGCCUGUUUGUUUUAGCAAAAAGCCAUACAUUGGGCUAUCUAAACUCUGUCCGCUACAGGGAAUCGAACAUCGUAUUUUUAUCAUUACAAGUCCAGGAACUUACUUACUGCUUUAAGCCUACAUAUGUCAAGGAAAUAUAAUGAAAUACGCAAUUUAAUGAAACACAUCGAAACUUUUAUUAUAUUUCAGUCAUUGUUUAUUGUAUUUUUUAGUCAGUCAAAUUUUAUUGUUCACGGAAUUCGUAAAAGUGGGCACACUAUGUAAUCAAUGCAAGAUCUAAAAUUAGCUUCCAUUUUCUUUUUCUUUUUUUUUGUCACAUUUCGCAGAAAGUUCUGUAAGUUAUUCAAGCCAUUACACUCAUAUCAUCGUUACUCAGUUUAAAAGUUAUAUUUUUCAACAUUUCAAAUAACCAAGUCGGGCUGGGAAUAUUUCUUUUCCAAGUAAUACUGAUCAAACUUCCGAUGAAGCUUCUUCUGGCAAGCAGUCAGAUUUUCCAGAGCACCACUUUCUGCGCUUUCAUAUAAUGAUCAUAUACUAAGAAUGGUGCGAGUUAAGUUGAGCUACAACUAAAGAUUCAAAUAUUCAGAGUUAAAAUUAGCAAUUAGCAAAAACAGGAAGAACAAAUAAACAAGAUGUUUGAUUUGAUUGGUAGGUCAACGUUUAUCCAAAGGUAACAUCUCAUAUUAAGUUUCUCUGUGAUUAAAAAAACAGGUCUCGACAUUUAUUUUAUAGGUUUCAUUAUUAAAUAGCUUUCUUAACGUGUGGGUGAAUUUGAUAAAGAACAACGCUGUGAUAAUUUGAUACAAAAAUGGGUGUAUGAAAAUUAUAUGAACACGUUUUGGGUCGGCUUAGGAUCAUUAACUCUAAAAACGCGUUUCCCACUUCGAAGCGUUAUAAGAGUGACAGUCAACUCCAAUUAUUCUAUCAAGUAAAAGAAGCCCAAGAGUUGGUAGUGGAUGCUGUUGACUAGCUUUUCUUCUAGUCUACCAAUUCAAAAUUAGGAACAGCUAUACGCGGAUAGACCUUUGUGUAACUUUGCGCGAAAAUUCCGAGAGGUAAAUAAACAAAUACGUUUAUUUGAAAAUGCUUCUGUUUCUGAAAGAUUGUGUAUAGUUCUAACGGUGUUUUCAUGUGUUUAGUUUAAUGGACUACCAAUCAAGAAGGAGUUUCGUAUGCCUUAUUUAGAUAUAUAAUCACACUUGUGGCUACAAUUCAUUAAUCAGUAACACUGAGUCCCAGAACAAUCACUUUUACUUUAUGUAGAUUCACUUUUCUAAAAGUGUCCUUCGUGUGUGUGCAAUGCUGCAUUAAUCUAUGUGUAUAUAAUGAAGGGAAAUUUUGUGAAACGUGGUGUUACAGGUCGAUGAUUUGAAGCCACGAAUUUGUUUUCACCUAAAUAUGUCUCAGUUUUACUUUGUAACAUCCCUGAAUGUUUUUUAUGUCAUUUUCUUAGAAAGUAAAGAAAAAUGAAACUUUAGAAACGUUGAAUAAUUAGAGUUGUUUUAAACAUUUGUUUAACAACAAGUU